AUGGAUGACAUCAAGCUGUAUGCUAAAAGUGAGCAAGACAUUGACUUGCUGAUCCACCUGACAUGGGUUUACACUGAGGGCAUGGAGACAUGUGUCCAAAUGAUACUCAAGAGUGGGAAGAUAGACAGGCAGAUACUGGUGAAUGAACCAGACAUUGUCUUAGUAGACAAGGAACAGAAGAUAGUGGUGCUGAUAAGAGUUACUGAUACCAAAGAAAAGCAGAAGGCUGAACUCAAGGACAGGAAGGUUUUAGAGAUUUUGCAAGUUAAAGACAAAAAAAUUCAGACACUGGAGCAGAGAACAAGUGGGCAACAAGAGGAGAUAAACAACCUGGUGCAGAGGAAAAUUGCUGUGGAUGAAGAAAAUGUUGCCUUAAAAAAUGAGCUUUGCAUUUUACAGAACUCUCAAGAUGUAAUGCAAGAACUUAAGGACACCAAGGAGUGUGCACAGAAAAAGGAUGAGCAAAGCAGACUGGUUAUAAAAAAUCUGGAGAAGGAAAAUGAGGGUUUAAGUACACGCUAUGCUGACCUGCUAAAUGACCUGGAGAAACUGAAGAAGCAGAACUCACAAUGGAGAAUAGAAAAGUCUGGCAUUGAUGCAAAAAUAAAG